CACUGUCAGCGCAUCACUAGCAGUAUCGAUACUAUCGGCAUUGCUUUUCCCAGCUCUAGCGUAGCCCGACUUCCUUUCCUGUCAAAAUAGUCGACAAAGAUGGCUAUCGGCUCUAAGAUUAUCAAGCCCGGCGGCGCGGAUCCCGAUGCAUUCGAGAAGUCCAUUGCCCAGGCGUUGGUGGAACUCGAGGCCAACAGCGACCUGAAGCCCUUCCUGCGCGAUCUGCACAUCACCCGUGCCCGCGAGAUCGAGUUCGGCAGCAAGAAGGCCGUCAUCAUCUACGUGCCCAUUCCACAGCAGAAGGUGUUCCAGAAGAUCCAGAUCAUCCUGGUCCGCGAGCUGGAGAAGAAGUUCUCUGGCAAGCACGUCGUCGUGAUUGGCGAGCGCAAAAUCCUGCCCAAGCCCACGCGCAAGGCCCGUAAUCCCCUCAAGCAGAAGCGUCCCCGCUCCAGGACUCUGACCGCUGUGUACGACGCCAUCCUUGAGGAUCUGGUCUUCCCCGCAGAGAUUGUGGGCAAGCGCAUCCGCGUCAAGCUGGACGGCUCCCAGUUGGUUAAGGUGCACUUGGACAAGAACCAGCAGACCACCAUCGAACACAAAGUCGACACCUUCACCUCGGUCUACAAGAAGCUGACUGGUCGCGAUGUCACCUUCGAAUUCCCCGACAACUACCUGAAUGUCUAGAGCGGGUUCUCGUUACAAAGUGGCACUGGUUCGAUGGUUCAUCUGGGAAAACACCGAUAUUCUGUCGUGCAGAAGAUGAAUUUUUUACAUGAGCUAGAGAACGUGAAUAAAAAUUAAACAAUUUAAAACUAA